AUGGAUGUCUUUAUCAUACUAUACCAAGCUUGCUCGCAACAAAGAACGCAUCCAAUUAAUAUGGAAAUUAUUGUCGCGGAGAGUAAUAUAGUUGAAGAAAUAUCUCCACAAGUCAGUACCCCAGUCGUCGCUGAGGUUGUUGAUACACCAGCACCAUCGUUGAUCAAGCCCGUCGAGGCCUCGAAUAUUGAAGUAAGCAAAGUUUCACAAUUGGAUGAGCCGAUUGUCGCACCGGCGGUCACAGAGAACGUAGUAAAUGGGGAGGAAUAUAAUCCAGAAUUGAAAAUUUUGUAUAAUUCGGACGAUGAAUAUGAUACAGAUAACGAAGAUGAAUUUAUUUCAACGAUGACAAAGUUAGCUUCGCCAAUUCAUGCUCGACCAGUAACGAGGGUUGAGGAGAUUCGUGAUGAUUCCUGGAUGUAUGAAUCAUCAUCGGACGACUCUUGCAGUGAUGAUGGCAGCAUUGUCCGGGAAGAACCUAAUAAUGAACACCUGGACGAGGCAUCCUUCGAAGAAUUUGAACGCACGAGACAAGCAGAAGAAAAUGCGGAAUAUGGAGAUGCAAGAUGUUACUUCACCACCGACUGA